GAAUUCAGCGCUUAGCAACCGUAAACAGAACCUCAGUUCGCCUCCCUCGGACUGUUUACAUGCGGGAAAGUCGCUGACAAGGUUCCUCAUGUCAAAACUGAAGAACGUCCCAAAAGAAAAUUGCCUUGCUGCAGCAGCUAUGUGUGACUCACCCAGCCAGCGCCAGACUCAGCCCCAGCCCCAACACAAGCCCCAGCCAAAGCCCCUGCCACCCUGUCAUGGACCCCGCGCCCACCUGUUGGACUGCCGGAAGAUCCUGGACAAUCUGGAGCAGGCGCACAAGGCCGACAUCAAGACGUAUCUGGCCGGGCACCUGCGGCCCGACGCCCUGGGCCAUACGCGCUGGGGGCCCAGGAAGGCCUUCUGGGAGGCAGCGGAGGCCUGCGACGGCAGGGGCCGCAGCACCAUGGGCCAGCAGGACUGGGCCUCCUUCCUCAGGGAGCAGCAGGAGAGGGCCAAGCGGGUGGGGGACAUGAUGGACGCCAUGACCAACUUCACCAGCGCCACUACGUCACUACAGGGGCAGAGCGUCAAGGAGGUCGGAGGCAGCGACAAAUCACACCGUAGCCGCACUAGCCGUGCCCCCACCCCCACAGUGGCAGGGGAGCCCAGGGCGGUGCUGGACACAGCAGAGGUGUUCCUGGUGAAGCCCAGCCGCAGACAUAGGGAGGCCAAGACACCUCCUCACCUCUCCCAGCCUCCCACACCUGCAGGUGCAGGACCUGGAUCUCACGACCAGGCAGCAGCAUGUGCGGAGGUGGACCAGGGCCGGUUCUGGUACACGCGGACCCACCUGGGGGGCCUGACUCGCGGGGACCAGCUGCGCACGCUGCGGGCAUUGGAGCGGAGCGUGGUGCAGCGGCAGGACCUGGCCGAGCGGAGCGGCAUGAGUGGAAACAAGAUGGCCGACGCACACCACAAGAAGCUAGAGCAGGAGCUGCAGAAGCUCUCGGUCCAUUCACAUUCGGGUCCCAGCAAAGAGCGUCUCCGGGUCAUUAGUGACGUCUUCACUGACGUGUGCGACAGGUCACCUGCGUUUGGAAAAUUCCUCCGAGAAAUCAAGGCAGAGUACGAUACCUACAUUGAAGCUACACUCCGCCACUUCCAACCCGUCUUUCAGGAUGUGGCGGAGAUCUCUGGGGUGCUGUGUGGGGAGAUGGGCAGCUGCUUUGUGGGGGAAGGGGAGCUGGAGGAGGCGGAGAAGGAGGUGUCAGAGCUAGUGGAGGAGGCCAGGAGAGUCCUGGAGGAGAACAACAGAGUCAGGCAAGAGUACCAGCUUGCACAGGAGAGCUGUCCAGACACCACAGAAGAUAACGCCUCCCCAUUGGGUGAGCAGGAGGUGGGCGUCCUGGGGGAGCAGCAGCAGCCACAGCCGGAGGAGGAGAGGGCAGAGGAGGUGAAGGAGGAGGAGGAGGAGGAGGACGUGAGCACCCUGCCCAGGAGGAAGCUGGUGUGGAGCGUCUGGAGGGAGGUGCAGAUGCUGGAGAAGGACAUCAAGGAGAACAUGGUGUCCACCACCACCACCUCCGCCACUGAGAAGUACAUCAGGGACGCCAAGACUGAAAUCCUGCACCUGCUGACUGGCAAUGAGCACCUAAAGAACAGCAACAAGGACAUGGAAGGCAUUCUGGAUAAGUCUCUGAAUGGAGUGGUGUUGGAUGACACGAUGAGGAAGGAGAUAUGGGACAGCAUCAGGAGCUCACUGGGCAUAGGGACAGAGGAGCAGCGCCCUCACCACUAGCACUCUAGCACUGCACUGCUGGGUGGGACUCUACUGUACACCCCACACUACUGACAGGAAAUAAAGAUGACUGGAUUAUUUUAUAGUAA